GCCAGCGCCGCGCACCAUGUGGUGGUGGGACGAGCGGGUGUCGGCCCGGUUCCGGAGGAACCUGCAGCCCACCCUCACCUACUGGAGCGUCUUCUUCAGCUUCGGCCUCUGCAUCGCCUUCCUGGGGCCCACGCUGCUGGACCUGCGCUGCCAGACCCAGAGCUCGCUCUCGCAGAUCACCUGGGUCUUCUUCUCGCAGCAGUUCUGCCUCCUGCUCGGCAGCUGCCUCGGAGGGGUCUUCAAGAGGACGCUGGCGCAGUCCCUGCUGGCCCUGUUCGCCUCGUCGCUGGCCAUCUCCCUGGUGUUCGCCAUCAUCCCGCUGUGCCACAACGUGGUGGUGCUGGCCGUGGUCAUGGCCGUGGCCGGGCUGGCCAUGGGCUGCAUCGACACCAUCUCCAACAUGCAGCUGGUCAAGAUCUACCAGAAGGACUCUGCCAUCUUCCUGCAGGCCCUGCACUUCUUCGUGGGCUUCGGGGCCCUGCUGAGCCCCCUGAUCGCCGACCCCUUCCUGUCGGACACCAACUGCAUCCUGUCCAACGGCACGGCCAACGCCUCCAGCAACCUCCCGCACAUCCGCAAGUCCCUGCUGCCGCACCACCCCGGCAACCUGUCCCGCUACGAGCUGCCCAUGAAGGGCAUGGUGGUGACACGGGUGUCCUACGCCUUCUGGAUCAUGGCCCUCAUCAACCUGCCGGUGCCCAUCGCCGUGUUCUUCCUGCUCUACAAGGAGCGGAUGGUGCCGUGCUUCAACGGCAGCAGCCACCCGCUGCUGUCAGCCGACGAGCUGGCCCUGGAGACACGGCCCGGGGACAAGGACGAGCUCCCCACCGCUGCCCAGAGACCCCACACGGCUGCAGGUCACGAGGAUUUGUUCAGCUGCUGCCAAAGCAAAAACUUCCGAGGGGCUUCCUUCACCUACUUCGCCGUGCACGUCGCCGGGGCUCUGGUUCUCUUCAUGACUGACGGGAUCAUGGGAGAGUACUCAGGCUUCGUGUACAGCUACGCCGUGGAGGAGCCGCUGGCCGUGGUGCACAAGGUGGCCGGGUACCUGCCCAGCCUCUUCUGGGGCUUCAUCACCCUGGGCAGGCUCAUCUCCAUCCCCGUGUCCUACAGGAUGAAGCCAGCCACCAUGGUCUUCAUCAACGUGGUCGGGGUCCUCAUCACCUUCCUGCUGCUCCUGAUUUUCUCCUCCAGCGUGGUUUUCCUGUUCGUGGGCACGGCGUCCCUGGGGCUGUUCCUCAGCAGCACCUUCCCCAGCAUGCUGGCCUACACCGAGGACAUCCUGCAGUACCAAGGCUGUGCCACGACCGUGCUGGUGACGGGAGCUGGCAUUGGAGAGAUGGUGCUGCAGCUGCUGGUGGGCUCGAUUAUCCAUGAUCGGGGCAGCUACAGUUUCCUGGUCUGUGGGAUGAUCUUUGGAUGCUUGGCCUUCACCUUCUACGCCCUGCUGGUGUUUUUCCACAGGAUGUUCCCCAAGCCCUCCCCAGAGCUGGACGAGGCCUCCCCUGCCAAGGCGGCGGUGCCCGAGGACACGGGGCAGUACCAGCGCUGAGGGAGGGCCCAGCCCGGCACGAGCAAUAAACCCAGCCCCAAUUAAACCUCCCUCCUAAGGGUGAUCUCACAUUUAAUGAACUGAAUCACGCCAAGUUCUCCGCAAGCAAAAAGCACAGUGGGUGGGGUAAGGCAGAAUCGAGGAAAUGGAGCCCGAAACGCCGAGCUGAGCCAAAAAAGCCCGGGAGCGCCAGCCUGAGCUGGGACUAAAAGCAGCGAGGUUUGCACUGCAAUUCCUCCUGCAAAUGAACUUUGGGGUUUUUUUACCUGCUCAGGACAGAGGGUGGGAAGGAAAAGCUGCUCUCUGCUCUUCAUCCAAGACUGAAUGUCUCCUGGCUUGGUCACCGCAUCGAAGAGAUUUUGAAUUUUUUUUUUUUUAUUUCUGGCCUGCGGCGCACAGGAGCCCCUCGAAUUUCCGGCACAAUCGUGGGUUUUAAUUCCUUUUUGUGCAGCGGGGCCUCGAGCCGGUGUCAGCUCCCUCCAUCCUUCCAAAGGGGGACAGCUCCUCAGCGGCAGAGCCCCUCCAGGUGCACACAGGUCUCGAUUUUUGCACACUGAACUCCUGUAUAUUCCACACUCUCUAAACAGUGUCUUACUCAGCAUGCUCAGGCCUUUAAAAUGAUUUUAAUUAAUCAUUUGCUUUUUUUUUUUUUAUUUUUGAGAGGGGAGUGUUUCUUUUGUUUUUUUUUUUAAAUCAAGAAUGAGCUGUGCUGGUUCGUUUUGCUUUAAGCCACUCCUCCAGCUGCUCCAGCUGCAGUGUUUGGUUGUUUUUUUUUUUUAAGGUCGGUUUUAUUCCCAAGCUCCGAGAGAUGGGAUUUUUUUUUUUUUAAUUUUAAAUUUUAUUUUGGUGAGCCAGGCUCCAGCUGCUUGACCUGUGCAAUCUCCUCCUCCAGGUGCCUUGUGUAAGGUACUCCCCCAGCGCACGCAUGGCCUGGCGCAGGCGGCAGCAAAGGACUGGAUUUUUCAGGAAUGUCCAAGCUCCAUCCAGCUCCUCCUGCCGGGAGCGGCUGCGGAUGCAACUCCUCGCUUGAACUGCUGUAUGUGAUGUACAUAUGUACGUGUGUAUAUAGAGCAGUGUUUAAUUAAAGGUGAUUGAUUGCUAAUUGCUCGUGCACCGGACUCGCUCAGAGCACCGCCGUUUUGCAGUUUUAAAAAUUUUUUUUCAGUUUUUUUUUCGUUUCUUUUUAGUUUUUGUUGUUGUUGUUUU